AUGAGUGUUCUCGGUGCCAACGUCCUCGAGACGCGCGAAUUGGCCAAAUCCGGCGUCGCUGAUGGCUUCGUCGAAGGGACAUCAGCAGAAGCCAAGGCUGGUCAAGGUCACAUUUCACUUGCCGCCUACGAAAGCGGACGCAACUCUAUCAGCAAGGAAGUCUACGACGACACUCCCACAGAAGAAGAAUUACAUUCGCUGAGAAGAGUGUCUGGAAAAAUUCCCUGGACUGCUUGGACGAUCGCAUUCUGCGAGCUUUGCGAACGAUUUUCAUAUUAUGGCACAACUGUGGUGUAUGUCAACUUCAUCCAGCACCCUCUGCCCGAUGGCUCGAGAACAGGUGCAGCUGGUACCGAUGGUCAGCCUGGCGCACUGGGUCGAGGUCAACGAACGUCAACAGGGUUAACUCUCUUCAACCAGUUUUGGGCCUACGUUAUGCCACUCCUCGGUGCCUACAUCGCUGACGCUCACCUUGGUCGAUUCAAAACUGUUCACAUUGCCAUUGCAAUCUCUAUCAUUGCCCAUGUCAUUUUGACGGCAUCUGCAGCUCCAUCGGUAAUCACAAGACCCAAUACGGCAAUCGGCGUCUUUGCCCUCGGCUUGGUUACACUUGGUAUUGGCACCGGUUUCUUCAAAGCGAACAUUUCACCUAUGUUGGCUGAGCAAGUGAAAGACACGAGACUUCGAGUGACUACACUUGAGAAAACUGGAGAGCGGGUCAUAGUCGAUCCAGCGGUCACCAACACUCGCAUCUUCCUAUACUUCUAUUUCUGCAUCAAUGUCGGCUCCUUGGUUGGUCAGAUCACCAUGGUGUAUGCGGAAAAGUAUGUGGGAUUUUAUCUGUCCUUCCUACUACCCACAGUUCUGUUCCUGUCGGCCCCGGUUGUUCUUGCGGUGUGCAAAAAGCAUUAUAUUUUGAGCCCACCCACCGGCUCCGUUCUGUCCAAAUUCAUACACAUGUUCUUUUAUGCCGCGAAAGGACAUUGGCUCUCCUGGAAGACAUUCACCUGGGAUGUAGCUCGACCAUCCAACGUUGCGCCAGCCUCUCGACCCAGCUGGAUGACUUAUGAUGAUGCUUGGGUGGACGAAGUUCGUCGUGGCUUGAUGGCGUGCAAGGUCUUCUUGUUCCUGCCUCUGUUCCACCUGGCCUACAACCAGAUGACUGGUAACCUUACGUCUCAAGCCGCUACCAUGGAGCUCAAUGGCGUGCCCAAUGAUUUGAUUCAAAACAUCAAUCCAAUCUCGAUCGUUAUCUUCAUUCCUAUCCUCGACUACCUUGUUUACCCAGGCUUCCGCAAGAUGGGCUUCAACUUCACUCCGAUCAAGCGAAUGUGUGUUGGAUUCUUUUUUGGUGCAAGUGCAAUGAUCGCAGCGGCUGUAACUCAGCACUACAUUUACAAACUCGCUCCAUGCGGAACGAAUGCGGGCGACUCUGACUGCAUUGCAGAGAAUGGUUCAGCUCCGAUCAACGUCUGGGUGCAACUCAUUCCAUAUGCGCUGAUUGGUCUCUCCGAAAUCUUCACCAACGUCACAUCUUACGAAUAUGCAUUUUCCAAGGCGCCAACUAAUAUGAGAUCGUUGGUCAUGUCAGUAAACCUCUUCAUGUCAGCAUUCGCUAGUGCAAUUGGUCAAGCCUUUACCGCGCUCUCAGCUGAUCCUCUACUCGUCUGGAACUAUACUAUUAUUGCAGUUCUAGCAUUCUUGGGAGGUGUGUUCUUCUGGAUCUGCUUCCGCAAGUUGGAUAAGAACGAAGAUGCCUGGAACAGCAUUGCCAAAUCUGCUUAUCGAGGCAAGAGCGUGUCUGAUCCUUCAAGGUCCGAGCCCGUGACAGAGGUUGCCAACGAGAAGGCUUGA